AUGCGUCCGAAGCUCUCACGUGUUUUUCCUGUCGUCGUUCUUUUAUCACGAGAAGUAUUCGCCGCGCCUAUCGCCGACAGAGCUACUUGCCGGAAAACCCAGGUGGCGAUUCUCGGUGCUGGAAUCGCCGGAGUCACAGCCGCACAGGCCGUUUCCAACGCGUCCAUUACCGAUUUUCUCCUGAUCGAUCGCAAUGAUUACAUUGGAGGCCGCGUAGUGAAUACAGAUUUUGGGAAAAAGCCCGAUGGCUCCUCUUACACGAUCGAACUCGGCGCAAAUUGGAUACAGGGCCUUGGCUCUGUCAACGGCCCCGAGAACCCGAUCUGGACCUUGAGCAAGAAAUAUAGCAUCAAUAGCACCUUCUCCAAUUAUAGUGCCAUUCUGUCCUAUGACGAGACCGGCCAAGUUGAUUACCUGCAUCUGCUUGAAGAGUACGACCGGGCGUACGAGGAAGUGCAGAAGCAGUCUGGAUAUAUCUUAAAUCUGAAUCUGCAGGACACCAGUGUCCGCACAGGCCUGUCCCUUGCAGGAUGGAAUCCUCAAGGGAACUCACACGCACAAGCUGCAGAAUGGUGGGGAUGGGACUUCAAUUCUGCCCAGCCGCCUGAGCUCAGCAGUCUGCUCUUUGGGGUGGCUGGCGAUAACGCUACUUUUAACCACUUUAGUGAUGAAAACUUCUUCGUGACGCAUCAGAAUGGCUUGAAUGAAUUCAUACAACGCGAGGCCCAUCAGUUCCUGAAGAAAAACGACCCUAGAAUCCUGCUGAACACAACCGUCACAUCGAUCAAGUCCUCGGAUGAUUCAGUAGAGGUGCAUUUCGAAAACGGAGACUGCAUCGAGGCUGAACAUGUCAUCUGUACUUUCUCUGUUGGUGUUCUCCAAAAUAACGUGGUCGAGUUCAAACCUCGACUCCCUCUCUGGAAGCGAGAUGCUAUCCAGUCCUUCAAUAUGGGGAUCUAUACGAAAAUAUUCAUGCAGUUCAAUGAGACGUUUUGGGACGAGGACACACAGUUCUUUCUCUACGCUGACCCGUAUGAGCGCGGAAAAUACCCCGUCUUUCAGUCCCUAACGGGCCCUGAUUUUCACAAGGACUCGCAUAUUAUAUUCGCCACCGUUGCAGCUGGUCAGGCACAAGUCGUGGAGAAGCAAACGGACGAGGAGACCCGGGCCCAGUUGAUGGAGGUCCUAAGAUCCAUGUUUCCUGACGUCAACGUCCCCGAUCCUAUUGCGUUCAUGUAUCCUCGCUGGUCCGAGGAGAAAUGGGCAUAUGGGUCCUAUAGCAACUGGCCCGUUGGCGUGACCCUCGAGAAGCACCAAAACCUGCGAGCAAAUGUCGACAGGCUCUGGUUUGCCGGAGAGGCUUCCUCGUCUCUGUGGUUCGGAUACAUGCAAGGUGCCUGGUACGAAGGCCAAGAGGUUGGGCAGCGCGUUGCAGGCAUGCUGGGCGUCCGGGUUCCUAUGAAGAACCGGGGAUCGAUGCGGCACUAUAAUGUCUUGCACGGCACGAGCUUUGCGGAUGGAUAUGAUGACGAGCACGGAUGGAAUGUCGACACAUUUGCCGAUCAACAACCUCGAAGGCUGGGCCGGGUGAAAGCUGCAACUGUUGAUGAGCAGAUUCCUUUGUAA